CCGAUGUGGUCACCCAGGAUGGAGAAGCAUUCGUCGUCUAUUUGCUUUGUACCAUUUGUGCUCUAUAGUUCAUAUCAUAAGAAAGCCUCACGAUUCUCAGUAAAUAGCUUGACAAGUAGCAAGAGUACCUUUUAUGGAGCUUAUUCUGGUUGCCGCUCUUUCAACAGGUCUAUUUCGUCGUCUUCCACUGAUACCGAUCGUUACAGACAAUCGACUAUAGGGAUAUUUGCUACACAGCUGGUAAAUGGCGUACUUGAAGAAGAACUAAACCAAUUGUCCAAGUUGGCAGAGUACAAGGAACUCUUAGCUAAUACGAAGCACCCUUCCAAAGUGGUUUGCACCAUUGGCCCAAAGACUUGUUCUUUCGAGAUGAUAAAAAAGUUGGCUGAGCACGGUAUGAAUGUUUUGCGAAUGAAUAUGUCACAUGGUACCCAUGAGUGGCAUCAACAGGUGAUCAAUCAUGUCAAACAGUUGAACAAAGAGUCUGGAUGGAAUAUUGGAAUUUUGUUAGAUACCAAAGGCCCUGAAGUUCGUUCUGGUGACCUCAAAGAACCAGUUUAUGUAGAAAAAGGCACUCGAUUCACGUUUACUAUUCGUAGACAAGUCGAUUAUGAACCUUUUACCACCGAUGUGAAUUAUGAUGAUUUUGUAUCCGAUAUUCGUCCUGGAGAUGUGUUAUUAGUAGAUGGUGGAAUCUGUUCGUUUCUUGUGAAGCAAGUAACAGAUGUGGAUGUGAUCACGGAAUGUUUAGAAAGUGGGAUAUUAACGAGUCGCCGACAUCUCAAUGUAAGAGGAAAGACCGCUUCACUACCAGCUAUUACGGAAAAAGAUUGGUUAGAUAUCGACUUUGGGAUUCGAAACGAUGUAGAUUUCAUUGCUCUUUCUUUUGUGAAACAUGAAGAUGAUGUACAACAUUUGAAGAAAUAUUUAUUAGAGCAUGGUUCAUCUGCUUUGGUUAUUUCCAAGAUUGAGUCAGCAGCCGCAGUGCAAAGACUGGAGCCCAUUUUGAAAGCAUCCGAUGGUGCAAUGGUAGCUCGUGGCGACUUGGGAGCUGAAAUUCCUGUUGAAGAUGUUCCUCUUGUACAAGAAGAAAUUGUUCGAAUUAAUCGAAGACUACAAAAACCAACCAUUGUUGCUACUCAUAUGUUGGAAUCUAUGAUAUCUUUUCCCAGUCCAACACGAGCAGAAGUGACGGAUGUUUCAGAAGCAGUUCGUCAAGGAGCCGAUGCAACCAUGUUGAGUGGUGAAACGGCCAAUGGUUCGUUUCCUUUGGAAGCUGUGAAUACUAUGUGCACUAUUGCACGAAGUGUUUGGACACUUCCUUAUGAAUAUGAACGAUAUCCAUCAUUAUUUAGUAGUCAGGAUUCUUCUUCCCUCGUUGACUCCUCUAUAGCUGCGUUGUGUUCAUCUGCAGCAUUCUUAGCUAAUCAUUUGAGUGCUCGUGCUCUUGUCGUAUUUACUAAGACUGGAAAGAUUGCUUGUUCUGUUUCUGCUGCUCGUCCCAAUUGUCCUGUAUUGGCAUUUACACCUGAUGAAGGAUUGAAGCGAAGACUAUCAUUGUAUUGGGGAGUUGAAGCAUAUCAAAUAGCGUUUUCAAACCAUCCAGAAGAAACAGUUUCUGCUGCUUUAAAGAAGAUGACACAACGUAAUAUGGCCAAAUGUGGAGACUUGAUAGUUAUACUCAGUGAUAUGUUGGUAUCCAAUGGCACCUUUGUCAAUUCCGUUCAAGUUCGUCGAUGGAUGGAAGGAACAAGUUGAUGCUUUCUAUUUCCAAUGUUACAUAGAAUUGGUGUGGAGCGUAUCUUUAUUUUUGUGUUUUGAUUUGCUUUUUACUUGUUGAACACAAGGAGGCAAAAACGUUUCCGUGGUUUGUGAAUGAUCUUCUUCAUCAGUCGUUUCCUCGUUGGAACAAUAUCCUAAUAUAGUUAAUAACAAGGAAACAUUCUGAUAUAUGUUUUUCCUAUCAAGUUGGUCAGCCCAAGGUAAUAACACUUUUGCAUCUUUCAAUAAAGAGUCUAUGAAUUCUUUGUAUCGUUGUCGA